CGGAGCCUCGGGAAGUCAACAGGAGGGUGCGGAGGGUAACAAGUACAAACAACCCUUCCCCGCAGUCUGCACCAGCUAUAUCUCACUCGAUCUAAUGAGUCGUGACUUUGUUAGCCCGUGAGCCGGGAUUUGCUCCAGGGUGGGAGUGUGUGUUACCUGUGCAGCGUCAGACGCAGAGCUGAUGGAGAGAGGCAGGGCUGAGUCCGGAGCGCUGUUGAGCAGAGAGCUUCAUUGAGCGCAGAGCAGACUGUGCUGACAGGGAGCGGUCUGCUGUCUCUCACGACCUGUGUGAUUUCCCAGUUUGUUUCUUUUUAAAGAAGUGAUCCGAGGGCUUUCUCCAGAGGUAACAACCAGUGGAAAUAGAAACCCAUUCAGAUUUUAUUGGUUUCUUUGCGGCGGAAUGGGGAUGUAACCGGCUUCCACAUGCAUUUGGAAGUAGCGUGAGGUUGCGUCCAGAUUGAGAAGAGCAAACUGCAGGGGUGUGUGGUUAAUUGAAAUCGAUCCGGUGGUCUCAUUUUGAAUGUGAAGCAGCAGCAGAGGUUGUUUCUCCUCUCCUCUCCUCCCUCCCCUCAUCUCACCUCCAACAUGACUUCACUGUCGGGGACCAAGGAGAGGUCUGUGAGCAGCCGGAGCAGAAAAUAUGGGAUGCCUGAUACCUCCCCGACCAAAUCUGCUUCCAUCUUCCCGGACACAUGGUACCGAAAGGCCUACGAGGAAAAUGCCCGCUCUGGCACACGCCCUGCCCCGGAGGGUGCUGGCUCCAUGCCGAGCUCCACAGGCACCCCAUCCCCAGGCUCAGGAAUCUCCUCACCAGGGUCCUUCUCUGGAUCACCAGGGACCAUCUCUCCAGGGAUUGGGACAGAAUCGCCUGGUUCACUGGGUGGCUCCCCUGGUUUUGGGACAGGAUCACCGGCCUCAGGCAGUGGAAGCUCCCCUGGUAGUGAAAGAGGGAUAUGGUGUGAGAACUGCAACGCUAGGCUGACAGAGCUGAAAAGACAAGCACUGAAACUGCUCAUCCCUGGACCUUACUCCAGCAAGGAUCCCUCCUUCUCUCUCCUCCUUCAUGACAAGCUUCAGGUGCCCAACAGCUCUCGACGGGCGUGGAACGAACGUGACAGUCGCUGUGAUGUCUGCGCCACACACCUCACUCAGCUCAAACAGGAAGCUGUGCGCAUGGUCCUCACCCUCGACCAAUGGGAUUUGUCUCCCCCCUCAUCCCCUCCAGCCCUGAUUGGACGAUAUGGAUCUCAAGGACCUCUGGGUCCAGUUGGAGCAACCGGAGCCCCAGGAGGUCCUGGAUCGCGAGAGUGGAUUCCCCCUUUUCUCCCUUCCUCCUCCUCUUCAGCUGCUGCUGCCGUCUCACACCCGUCCUCCCAGUCGCCUUCCCCAAGCCCGAGCCAGACCCCAACGCCCAGCCCAAGCCAUGGACCAUCCAACCCUAGCCAUGGGAGUCCCUCGGUAGGGCAAACAUCCAGCAGCUGCGCUGCAACAAACCAGCAACCUCAAGGCCCAGGGCACAGGCUGGGAUCCAAGCCCAGCUCCCUGGGGCUUGGAGGUGGGAUGGACAGAAGGAAUGGGUCCCCCAGUUCAGGAAAAGCUGGUGCCCAACAGCAACCUGUGACUGGAGUAAACAGUCCUGGCAAUAAUAGCGGUAACGGGAGUGGAGCAGUUCUGAGUACAGCAGCUCUGCAGGCUCAUCAGCACCUGAACCGAACUAAUGGAGGAGUUACGCUCUAUCCGUACCAGAUCUCCCAGAUGAUCUCCGAGGACUCCAGAGACGGUUUGACCGAGGCCGCCCUGAACCGCUAUAACACACACUCUCCUUCACACACAACUUCGACAUCACACACAAACUCUCCCUCCCACACGCCAGCUGCAACCACAACGGCUCCAACCACCACCUCUGCUGCUGCCUCCUUCUUCGCCAGAGCUGCACAAAAGUUGAACUUAGCGUCCAAGAAGAAGAAGCAGAAGACCGCUGCAGUCACGGCCCCAGUGACAUCAUCGUCACCGUCAUGUGACCCCCCUCUGUUCCCCACCAAUUUCAGCUCCGCCCUGUUGAUGGCCCCUCCCCCAGCCCCGCCCUGCCUGCUCCGUGCAGCAAACAAAAUCAAAGAUACCCCUGGGCUCGGAAAGGUGAAAGUGAUGGUGCGUGUGUGCCCAGUGUCUCAGUCGGAUGCUGCAGAGUCCAGUUCCUUCCUCAAAGUGGAUCCCAGGAAGAAACAGAUCACCAUCAUGGAUCCGUCAGUCAAUCAGACACCAAGUGCAGCCUCUCAGAAAAAGGCGGGAGCCAACCAGGUCCCUCCAAAAAUGUUCACCUUUGAUGCGGCGUUCCCUCCUGAUGCAUCACAGGCGGAGGUGUGCGCAGGAACGGUUGCCGAGGUGAUUCAGUCGGUGGUGAACGGAGCAGAUGGCUGUGUCUUCUGCUUUGGACACUCCAAGCUGGGUAAAUCCUACACCAUGAUUGGCCGUGAUGACUCCCUGCAGACUCUGGGUAUAAUCCCAUGUGCCAUCUCCUGGCUGUUUAAGCUCAUCAAUGAGAGGAAGGAGAAGACAGGAGCACGGUUCUCUGUUCGUGUCUCUGCAGUCGAGGUUUGGGGAAAAGAGGAGAACCUAAAGGACCUGCUGUCUGAAGUAGCUACGGGUAGCUUACAGGAUGGACAGUCACCUGGAGUCUACCUGUGUGAGGACCCCAUCUGUGGCAUGCAGCUCCAGAACCAGUCUGAACUACGUGCUCCGACCCCAGAGAAGGCAGCCUGGUUUCUGGAUGCAGCCAUAGCAGCUCGCCACAGUAGCCAACGUCCCAACACCACCGAAGAAGAACACAGGAACUCACACAUGCUGUUUACAUUACACAUAUACCAGUAUCGCAUGGAAAAGACAGGCAAAGGAGGGAUGUCAGGCGGUCGCAGUCGCCUCCACCUGCUGGACCUCGGCAGCUGUGAUGUCAAAGUACUUGGAGGAGGAGGAAGCGGAGGAGGAGGAGGAGGUGGGAAAAGCAGGGAGAACUCUUCGCACAGCUCGGCCCCUCUGUGCCUUUCUCUAUCAGCCCUUGGCAAUGUGAUCCUGGCCCUGGUCAAUGGAAGCAAGCACAUCCCAUACAAGGACAGCAAGCUGACCAUGUUGCUAAGGGAGUCGCUAGGCAACAUGAACUGCCGGACCACCAUGAUUGCUCACAUCUCUGCCUCACCCAGAGAUUUCUCAGAAACCCUUUCCACCAUCCAGAUUGCUUCCCGCGUCCUCCGCAUGAAAAAGAAGAAAACUAAAGUCACAGUGCAAUACACAUCCAGCUCCUCUGGAGGAGAGAGCUCCUGCGAGGAGGGUCGCAUGCGUCGCCCGACCCAUCUGCGACCUUUUCAUCACCGCGGGGACAACGACUCCGACCUUCCGUUGUUGCGACUGUCCAGCGACCCUGACGAGUAUUCGAGCAGCGAGCAGUCAUGUGACACCGUGAUCUAUGUCGGCCCAAACGGGGCUGCGGUGUCAGAUAGAGAGCUGACGGACAAUGAGGGACCGCCAGAGUUUGUACCAAUUAUUCCCGCUUUGCUUCGAGGUAAAACACCAGAGCAGCAUCAGAGUCAGAGUCAGGCAGCUGGAGCACAGAACAAGGUGCAGUCUCAGCCAGAGGACCAGCCCAGUGGCCCUUCUCAGCCCCUGCCUCAGCCCUCUCAGUCACUGCUUGGGCAGCCGUUGGCCCCUGUGCCAGAGGAAGGAGCUGAGUGCCUGAAGUGCAACACCUUUGCUGAGCUGCAGGAGAGACUGGACUGCAUUGAUGGCAGCGAGGAGGUGGCAAAGUUUCCCUUUGAAGAGGUUCCAGUGAGCAAACAAAGUGCCAAACAAGAGCCAUGUCCAUCGUCUGCAGUCCCAACCUCAGCUCCCUCAGCUCCUGGCUCUGCCACAGAAACCAAAACAGGUUUUGCAUGUGCUGUAGGAGGUGCAGUGCAGAUCUCCUCCUCGGCAGUAGCAACCUCAAGGAGGAGGACCAAUGACCAGCAGCUGCAGGAUAUCAAAGAAGUGGUUGAAGAGGCAGAGCUGGCCCAGACGAUGAUCCACAACCUGGCUCAGAGUUCUGGUUCCCCGAUAGUGACUAGUGCCAGGAGCGUAACAGGAAGCAGCAGCAGCAUCACCUCUAACCCCCUGCACAGGGCCAAGAGCUCCCAACUGCAUGACAGCCGUGAGAGUCUGAAUGUGGGCAGUAACACUGACGGGAAGGCACGCCCAUUAGGAUCACCUCGCCUUGGCAUUGCCAGCCUGACCAAAACCUCGGACUACAGGCCUCCGUCCUCCCCGUCCCAGCGGUGUAAAGUGUACACACAGAAGGGCGUGAUGCCGGCAACACCCCCUCUGUCUUCACACACUCUGGCUCAAGACGGCCAGGCCACAGACGCUCUCACCUCAGACAACAGUUUGGCUGCAGACAGCGGCCGAUCCUCCACAGAGUCCCUGCUGUCCAGAACUUCUCCAGUGGGCAUGAGCCCACAAGUUCGGGAGCCAACUCAGUCUCUUUCUGCCAGCUUGGGAUCAGCUGAGACACUCUGUGAUGACGACGUCCCACCAAUACCCCUGGACACACACAGAGAUGCCUCAGGACGGGUAGUGUCUUCAGGUACAGUUGGACCUCUCUUGCUCAGGGAGGAUGAACUGGUGUACACUGUGGCUUCUGGAUGUGAGGAGGACCUUGAUGUUACGGCUCUCAUGGACACUCAGGGCCUGACCUGUCCCACAAGCAUCAUCAGUUUCAAAAGCGAGUGUUGCUCCACCGCCCUCGCCUCAGGCUCUCAAUCCGUCUGCAUCAUCAGCGGUACUGCUGAGGAUGGAGCUGUUGGGGAUUAUCACAUACCUGCAGGCCCUGCAACAACCUCAGGGGUUACGGACGUUGUUGCCAUGGCAGAGGUGGCCAUGGCCAAGCUGCGGAUAGAGGGUGAAGCAUUAGCCACGGUGAUGUCUAACUGUGAUUCACCAGUCUCCUCUUGGAUGAGUGAUCUGAGCAUGGGCAGUGAAGCUGACCAGUCCCUCCACAGCUUCAGUCAGUCCCAGAGCCAGCAAGGGGAGGCCCUGGCUGAACCUGAACCCAACCAGAGCCUUCCGUUUGGAGCAGAGGGGCUGGGGGGUUAUGAAAGCUGUGGCAGCCCAAGAAGAGGGAGUCUGGAAGGAGAGGUGGUGCUGUCAGAAAACGGGAGUGAUAAGACAACUCCAACCAAAGACAGGCUGAGGAAACUGCCUCCCUCCAUGGCUAAAACUAACAUCCAAAUUCUAGCAGGACCUGGUAACCUCUCUCUCAAGACCACCAUCAGUGUGCACCCAUGUGUGGCCGUCAAACCCAUGGUUAUACAGGAGCCAACCAUCCUCUCUUCACCUACCAAGACCGGCUUAAUAAAAGACCCGAGCAAAUUUAAUGCACCAUUUUUAGCUUCAAUUUCCAGUGAGAUGAGCUUUGAAGACCCCUGGCUGAAGCGCGGCAUGGAGGAGGGGAGGUCCAGGGAGCUUGUGUGUGAAGUAAAGCCAGAGAAGAGGGACAUAGAGCAUUCAAAGAGCCAGGCUGGAGCUGGGACCGGAGACCUCCGGAGCUUCUGCAGGGAUGGUGGGGAUCAUGGCAGCUCUAGUUCAGGUGGUGAGGUUGCAUCAUCUCCAGAUUCCUUUAAGAGAGUGGUGGAUGGCUGUGAGAUGGUCGCUGUUGUCGCCCAGGGAGAAUGCCUGACUAGUAUCUACAGCCCCGAUAUCCAUCGAACUGCCAGUCUUCCUCGUGGCUGGCACCGUCUCAACCGCCAUGACGGCUUGGACAAUGGAAUGGAGUACCGCAAUCUUGGCGUCACCACUUCAACUCCCUGCAGUCCCCGUGCUACACUUGCGCGGGGAUCAACUGGAAAACAGGGCUUCUUCUCCCACAAGAAAGGAGGAAUCCCACCUCUGCCACCAGUACGGAAGUCCAGCCUCGACCAGCGGAACAGGGCAGCCAGCCCUCUGCACCAACCCGGCCACGGAGUUCCACUACUGGGCGGCUCAGUAGAUGAUGCAGGGAUCAUCAGACAGCGAGGCUCCAGCAUAGACAGCAGCAGACUAUUCAGCGCCAAGUUGGAGCAACUUGCAAACAGAACCAACUCUCUGGGUCGGGUCCACAGCUCUCACAGUGGCUCCCACCACUAUGACUGCUUCUCUCUGGAGAGGGGAGGGAGCCUGAGAGGGGGAGGAGGAGUGAGGGGGGACAGUACCAUGCCUCGCACUGGGCGCAGCCUCACCCGAGCUGGAUCUGUAUCAUCUCCUACUGGAAACACUGCCAACCCCAGUUUCAAUACCAGUCCCGGUCCAAGCAGCGCUCCACAGUCACCAGCCAAAACCAGUGGCCAGUCAAAGAUCUCAGCAGUCAGUAAGCUACUGAUGACCAGCAGUCCCAAAUCCAGGAGUCUGUCUGCAUCCAGCACCAAGACGCUGAGCUUCUCCACCAAGUCUUUGAGCCAAGCCUCAAGCCGCAGCUCCAGCCUUCCUCCCAACGGAAAGCCCCAGAGUUCAGUCCAGGGCCCUCUGCAGCAGCAGCAGCAGCAGCAGGGACCGGCCCCUGGAUCCUGGUCUACCCAGUCUUUGAGUCGCAGUCGAGGGGGAAGCCUGGCUGCCAAGCUGCCUCUCCGGGCUGUCAACGGUCGAAUCUCAGAGCUCCUCCAGGGAAGUGCAGGCUCCCGUUCCAGAAGUCAUGCCCAGGGAGGAGGCACAGAACCAGCAGAGGAGAGAGGAGUCGGAGGAGCAAGUGGAGUGGGAGCUGGAGCAGGAAGUGGUGGUGGUGGUGGUGGUGGUGGAAGUAGCCUUGGAGAGGAGAGGGCAGCAGUGGUCCAAACACUACCCUCUCCCUAUAGCAAGAUCACAGCUCCCAGAAAACCACACCGCUGCAGUAGUGGCCAUGCUAGUGACAACAGCAGCGUACUGAGUGGUGAGCUCCCUCCGGCCAUGGGGAAGACAGCCUUGUUUUACCACAGUGGAGGUAGCAGUGAGAGCAUGCUGAGAGACAGCAGUGAGAACACAGGAAGUACCUCCUCAGCUCAGGACUCCCUCAGUGAGCAUAGCUCAGCCACCACCUCCUCCAGACGGAGCUCCAAGAGCAGCAAGAAGAGCAGGAGCAACACAGGCCUCCAGCGUCGUCGUCUGAUCCCGGCUCUGACCUUGGACUCAUCCUCCUCCUCCUCACCUUCUCACCGCUCCUCCAAACAGGCCAUCACUUCAUCUUCGUCUUCUUCCUCCAGCCCGGGUGCAUGCUGGGUAGAUGGCCCACUGGGGCCUCCAACUCCCUCAAACCUCCGGGGCGCGACUGCGACAACAGAAACCUUCGAGAUCAAGGUGUAUGAGAUAGAUGACGUCGAGCGACUGCAGAAGAGGAGAGACAAAGGAGGGAGCAAGGAGGUGGUGUAUGUCAGUGCCAAGCUCCGUCUGUUGGAGCACCGUCAGCAGAGAAUCAGUGAAGUCAGAGCCAAGUACCAGUGUCUGAAGAAAGAGCUGGAGCAAACCAAACAGUACCUGAUGCUGGAGCCGCACAAAUGGACCACUGAGUUUGAGCUACAGCAGGCUUACGAAGUGGACUCACUGGAGUAUCUGGAAGCUCUGGAGACAGUGACGGACAAACUGGAGACCAGAGUCAACUUCUGCAAAGCCCAUCUCAUGAUGAUCACCUGCUUUGAUGUGUCCUCAAGACAUCGGUAGACAGAUGGAGGGACGGAGAGCCAGAGGACGGAGAGGCAGACGAACAGCUGGACUCAAUUAGAUGUCGACAUUUGGACCCUUUGCCUGACGAUAAAUCAGACACCUUCAGAAAACAUCUCCUAAACAAAUACAUCUUACUGGAUGACUGGAUAGUUGGUAGGAGGGAGACGGGGAUGGACUGACCACUGGAUCCUGCAUGUCAUCCUUACAGUAUGUCUCCUCCAGAUGUAAAUAGGCAGAAGGACAGAUGGACGGGGAGAUGGAGGGAUAAAAGAUAUAUAGAGGUAUUUAACAGGCCAACACAUAGAUGAGUCAGUAGAUUUGGGUCAUGGAGACAGAAACAGAAGUUGAACAGAAUCUACUGAGUGGGCCACUUUGAAUCAGUUAAACAUGGCUGCCCAGAGACGCAGCCAGACGGUUCUGAGUCUGAAAAGAAACAUCAAACAUCACCAAGAGAACAUGGUUUCCCAGAGAAGUGAAUAAUUAGCCCACUGAGACACCUCUUACACUGAGCCAAACAUUUAGGAAUGUAUUGAGAGGAAAGGAGUGGAGAGAGGAACAAAACAAAAAAAAAAACCCACCUUUUUUUUCAACAAAGACGGAGAAAGGAGAGGUGCGGGAGAGGAGAAGAACAGCUCCUCAUCUCCCAUCAUUUCAGAGGAGCACUUUUUAGAGUUUUCGCAGUCGAGAGCCAUUUGGCUGUAAAUAGAGUGCUGAAGACAGAAUGGCCUGGUAUUGUUGUGCAGUUAAUAAAAAAGACUGACCAAGAGAAAGACAGGAGGACAAAGGAAAAAAACGAUUUAGAUAAGUGCCUUGUGAACAUUUCAACAAUACCAAGACCGAUUCUCUUUCUCUCUGAAUUUGUGUACAUGCAGUAAGUAUGGUGCUAGCAUAGAAAAAAAGACCACAAAAGAUCAGUGUCCUUGGAAAAUCUGAAUUUAUAGCCAUUUCUGAAUGUGAUGUUCUGCUGUCAGUGUUUCACUAUAUCAUAUACAAAGUAAUACUGUAUGUUUGAACGGUCUUUGGUACACUGAUGAGAGAUGAGACUAAAUUUAAACUAAAAAAAUUAAAGAGGACCUCGAGAACAUGGAGACACUAAGUCCUCUUUAAAACAGCAAAAUGUUGCAAGGACCAAAAAUCCAAUUAGACGUACAUUAACAUACAUGAUUUUUUUUAAAGGACACAGAGUUAUGUGUGUUUAAACAAAGAAAAAAAAAGCUAGUUUCCCAUGGUGUUGUUUUGGACUUUACCCACAAACAGCACAUCUGAGUUUUGACCCUCAGGGGCAUACAUACAUACAUACAUACAGUAUGUUUCCCUUGAUACAGAUGUAACGGCUUUUUCAUGUUCACAAAGCAAUGAAGCGUCUGAGUCACACAGGGGGUGGAAAUGAAAAUGUUUUUCUCUGCGAUCCAGUGAGUGAAGUCCGUCCGUCGAUCGACUUGACUGACUGACGCGCAGACUGUCUGUUAUUUGUAUCCGUGUUGUUCUGCUCUAUUCUUAAAGAAACUGAAUGAUUCGUCAAUGUGUGUGUUUUAUAUCGAGGUAUCAUUUUUUUAUUUGAGUGCAAUGGGACCAUGUAGAGAUUGUGAAUGAUAGGAAGCGAAUGGAAAUAGGGUUAGCAGAUAUUUAAGAGUAAAUUAUGAGACGGACACAAGUUGGCUACUGAAUAAGCUCACUGAUAAAUGUGUGAAUUUAGGCUGGAAACACUAACAUGGGACUACAAUUAUGGCUACAUAAAUAUUUCCAGUAUUGUCUUUAUUAAAAGCACACAAACAUCAUAAAGGACUAAUUUAAACAAAAUAUAUAAAGGAAUGAACGAGAGCUAAAGAAAGAAAAGGAUGAUGACCAAAUUACGAGGCGCGGAUCUCUGCCUGGUUCCAUUUUUUUUGGACGGAUAGCAUCACUUAAGAUUUGUUAAUAUUAUUAUCUAUGGUGCUUGAGAUGUUUAUGAUCUAAAUGUUGUACAAAUAUAAAUAUAUGAAAGAGCUUGUUUCCCUCUGAAAUACAGAACAAAUACCCUUCGAAUGCUUCUUCUACAUCGCUGUCAUGGUGUCUGUUGUUCGCUACCCUCCUCCCUCUGAAUGCCUUUUGCCCAGCAAGCAGAGAGAAUUCUGGGAGAUCCUGUUUGUUGUCUGAGAGGUAAAAGGAGGAACAGACACUGACUGUAAUGAUACUGGUGUGAUUUGUCAAAAGUGUCACAGUGCUAAAUUUAUCUGUAUCCUAAUUGAACAAACGCAGUUUUGAUCUUUUUCCACUGGCCUGACACAGAAACAGGAAAUGACUUUAAAUGUUUUGAUCGCCGCAUGGCUGUGUAAAAAGGUAACAGUCAUUGAUUUCAUGAAGGGUACACCUGCAGUGACAGCCGCGGGAUUAUCUAGUGGUAAAUUACCCCAGAAACUGAGAUGCUUUUGACAGACUGGACCUAUGAAGCAUUUUCACAGGAGGCGAGUGAAGCAGCCCGGUUUUUAUUUCCCACUUCACCGUGCCAGUCAUGAAUGAAGGUUUAUUUUUGAGCUCAGGAGAGCAGAGUCGCUUAUUAAUGUUCUUAUUUAUUUACACCUUAUGAUCUUAAAAGUUACUAUGCAUUAAGAAAAGGAAAAAAUAACUGUACAUACUUUGCUGAGCCCAUGUCAUAUAUAAAUAUAUAUACUGUACACAUAUCAUAUAUGCGCUCAUUUUUAUUUUAUAUAUCUUCUGUUGAUUUCGUUUGCUCCUGUUGUUCCUGUUGGAGACUUUAAUGGGUUUCCUAAAACAUUCACAUUCAGGGUACUUAUGUGAUUCCAGUACAAUAGAAAUUUCAGUCGAUUAAAUAUGGACCAGAACUUAAAAAUGCUGAUGAAUUUUUUUUUACAUGUGAAGAAGAAAACUGUGUUGUUUUCAGUGAGAUGCCAGUAUAUCCUACAGUAUUACCUACAGCCUUGUGUAAUUAGCAGUGGAUGUUUUGGGAACCCCAGCCUCUGGUUAAGCUACAUGGCCUGUACGUGUUUCCAGAUUUGAGAUGCUGUGUGUGAGGUUUCACCCUCGAUGUGUCAGUGCCAACUCUACCGUGGUAGCGCUUUAUAAUUCUAGCAAUAAUUGUGACAAACGGCCAAGGUUUUGGUGGCCCCAUAUUGUUUAUAGCUAACAUAAUUGUCCACGUAAACCUUUCAGGAACAAGCGUUCCUCUCUCAUCAGAGGCAAAACAGAAGCACUCAUUGUCAGGUGCUUUACAUAAAAUUAUUCACAAAAUGCCAUCUGUUAUAUCACGUUGAAGGGCAAAAAAUAACAACGCAGUCUAAUGAACAAAUUAACGAUGUGUUUUUGGAAGAGAGUUCAAGAAUUAUAGUGUGUUAUCUGGAAAUCUGACACAUAGCAUCUUUGAGUUCUUAAGCGGUAUUGUGUGUUAAGUCUGGGUCAGACCACAUUUUCCAGAAACAGAUUUCAUCAGCAGCUGUAAGACACUUUAAGUUGUUGUAGGACAGUGGGUCAGUGGUCAGAAAAAUCUCUACGUAACUGAUUAAAACUAGUUUGUGUGUGUUAAAAGUUAAAAGUGCCAAUCUGUUAUGUAGAAGACUUAAUUAUUUCCUAUGAAAACUGCCUAGCAUUACUGCACAUGCUCAGUGGAAACAGGUGAAUGUGAAGUGUGAGGUGUUCACUGUCCGUGUGUUGUUUCCAUGACUUAAGACUGCACAAAGUCCUCUGCAGAUUGACUGUUUUUGAGAAAUGUGGUCUGACACAUUGUGUUGAUGGAAGAGCAAGAUGGAGGGAUGUAA